CCCUCCCUGGGUACUGAGUGGCCACGGCCUCAGGCUCACUCUGACCCAGGAACAGGCAGAGGGCAUAAGGACUGUGUAGGGGUUUCCAGGGAUCCUUUGGCUCCGAUAUAUGCAGAAUACUGUGCCAAAGGGUGGCAUCCGAAGUCUCUGCCAACAGCCCGCAGCGCACUGGUCGCUCUAAUCAUUGCAAGAUGUAGGUGAGAUGAUAUCUCAGGGCUAGGGAGCUACACUGCGCAUCGUGUUCCUAAGGCCUGUGAGUUGCAGAGGUCACCAGACAGGAGGGAAGGGACUUGUCUCUCUCUGCAUCAUCCGUCUGUCUCCCAACGGAGGCGCACGCUGGGCAAGGGUUUGGAAAAUCAACAGGAAAGGAAAACACAGAAAAAACGAACGGGUUAGGGGGUGUCAUUCAAACCAUGGCUUGGAGGGUCUAACUCCGGGUGGAGAGACACCUGGGAUGCGUCACCGAGGAGGCAAGCUGCCAGCUGUGCCUUGUCCACAGACGGAGGAUCCCAGCCAGGCCUGGCUGUUCAACGCUGGGGGGACUUUGGGUGAGCGUCACUCCAGAAGAGAUUCCCGGAUCGUGCCCAUGGGCAUCGCCAGGUUGGCAGAUGUGAUUAAGGAGGAGGCCGCGGAGGCCGUGAGCUUAUUCCCUCUGCGACAGUAUCGAGACCGCGUCAUAGCCCUGGACGCGUCCAUUGCCAUUUACCAGUUCCGCACGGCCAUGCCGAAGCUCUUCAACCGUAACGGGGAGAACAUCAGUCACUUGCAGGGGCUGUUUUACCGGACGCUGCAUCUCCUGGAAAAUGGCAUCAAACCGGUGUUUGUGUUUGACGGGCAGCCCCCUGACCUCAAGCAGCCACUGUUGGCCAAGCGGGCGGAGGCUGCCGGGGCUAGGAGAGACGCUGCAGAGUCCCACCGGGCUGAAAACCUGCCGCGGCCCCUGAAGCAGGAUUGCGAGACCCUGCUGAGCUACCUGGGUGUGCCAUAUGUGCAGGCUCCGGCUGAGGCAGAAGCCACCUGCGCAGCUCUGGUGAAGUCUGGCAAGGUUUGGUGCACGGCCACGGAAGACAUGGACGCGCUGCCUUUCGGGAGCCUCCGUCUGAUCCGCCACCUGAGCUCCAAGAACAACUGUGAAGUAGAAGAGUUUUCCCUGCCGGACAUUCUGCAGAAGCUGGGCCUGACUCAGGAGCAGUUCGUGGACCUGUGCAUCCUGCUGGGCUGUGACUACUGUGGGAAGAUCUGGCGGCUGGGCCCCAAAAAGGCCCUCAAGCUGCUGCAGCAACAUGGGACAAUCGAGCAGGUUCUCCAGAACAUCGACCCGCAGAAGCACCCGCUGCCCGCCAACUGGGACCUGGAGGGAGCUCGCAGGCUCUUCCUGCAGCCGGAGGUGGCCGACCCGGACCGGAUAACGCUGGAGUGGCGCGACCCCGACCCAGAGGGGCUGGUGCGGUUCCUCGCCCAUGAGAAGCACAUGAAGUGCCUGGCCCCCGGCCCAGCAGGAAGAGACAGAAACCGCAGGUGGGGACGCCCAGGGAAGCGGGCAGCCCGGAGCCGGGAAAGUGAGAUGCUGGCCUUGCUCCUGCUCCCGCCACAGCGCCCAUACGCUGCCGUCUGCUCUCCUCCAGGCCGUCUGCCCGCCAUGCCCAGUGGGCAGCCGGGGCAACAUGCCGGGAGCCCAGUGGCUGCACCUGAUGGGCCGCUCUCCGCUUUAAUGCCCAGGUGCAGGCCAUGCUCCAGCAUGCAAUACGGCCCAGACAAGGCACUGCAUGCUGGGAGCUGGGGAGCAGGGCUGGGAUAGGGGGCUGCGGGUCGGGAUUGAGGGGCACUGGCAGAGCUGGGGGGGAGCCUAGGGCUGGAAUAGGGGGCUGCGGGUCGGGAUUGAGGGACACCGGCAGAGCUGGGGGGGACCCCAGGGCUAGGAUAGUGGGCUGUGGGUUGGGAUUGAGGGGCGCCGGCAGAGCUAGGUUGGGCCAGUGCCUGGUAGCAGCAAGUUGAUGCCAAAGUUGGCCACCUUUCAGAACUCUCCCAGGUUUCGGCUACCAGGCCCAUCACUGGUAUCGGGGCACCAGGGCCCAGAACCACUAAGCGACUUGCCCAAGGUCACACAGGAGGAUUUGGCAGAGGCGGGAUUAGAACCCAGCUCUCCUGAGCCUCCGUGCUGGGAUCACAGGCUUGUCCUUCCUGUUGGCCUGGCCCCAGCGCCUGUUGGAGAGAGUCCGACCGGAGCGCUGUCCGUCCCCCAGCUGCCUGGUGCGCCGAGGGGGAGGCGGCUUGUUUUGGGUACCCAAGGGAGCAGAAUGGGAAGAAUGAGGGUGAAUAUCGGGAGUGACUCUGCGGCUGGGAGAUGGAUCCGGCUGUGGGAUCAUCCGCCAGGGACAUUUCAAAGCAGGCCGGCCUGAGGAGCAUGGCGGGGGGCACACACCAUCCUGCCCUCAGUGUGUGGACCAGGCAGGCCCGCUAGCGCUAGAGGGAGGCCACGAUCUGCCCCGGAGCAGCCCCUUCUCUGCGCUGCACGGCUCGGCUGAGCGACCGCGGCACCGCCCUGCCCUGCUCAUCAGCUGAUGAACGGUCCCGGUUCUUGGGGCAGCCUCUGCUCCUCGGUGUAGCCUGGACUGUCCCCGCUCCCCGAGGGGCUGUCGGGGAGGAGCCCUGGUGUCUCAGCCGGUGAGCAAAGGGCUAAGUGAAGCCCAGAUGUGGGGCAGAGACCCCAGGGCCCCAGAAGGGGGCAGCAGAGAUGGGAGGGGCCCAGCACAGGGAAGAUGAUUGAGGGUUUAUUCAAGUACAUCCAGGGGUGAGAAAUCUCAGUAGCUGAGAAUGGGUCUGACUUUACGGCGCUGCCGUGGCCUGUCCCGGUGCAGGCCCAGAACUCCCCCCCGCCCCCCCCCGCCCCUUGCUUUCGUUAGCUCUGCUGCACCCAGACCUGCGUCGGUGCUGGGAGCUAGCCCUGCCCCAGUGCCAGGCCCUGCUGGGCAUGGCCACGCUGCAGCUGGGCGUGAGCCUCACGUGUCCCCGACUGGUGCCAGCGGCACUCGUGCCACAAAGAGCAGGGGAGAUUUCCGGCUCCCCCCGCCUAGGAGUCAGGUGGUAUCUGAUGGGGCCGGGAGCUCGUGCCCAGCUGCUGUAUAGACGUGCCCGCUGCAGCUCUCCCGCUAUCUCCGCCCUGGCCAGCCCAGCGGGGCGCCAGGCCCCGUCUCCUGCUCUGUUCUGGGAGCUCAGCAAUAAAGUCGGAGGUGAUACAA